AGAUUUUUGUGCUCCCCUUUCCUAUGCCUGGAAUUAUUCUUGUGGCCAAUUGUUGCGCAAUAUCGUAAACAACAAAGAACCCCAACCAUCCGCAACCAUGGGCAAGCCAAAACGCCACGUUCACGCCGCCGACCAGGAGUCGCUGACCCCUCCCGACCAACUUACCGAUUCGCAAUCCAUUGCGCGCGUCGUCAAGGCCGAGGGCAACAGCAACUAUAUCUGCGAGCUGCCCAACAAGAAGACCAUUCUAGUCGAGCUCGAGUCUCGUUUCCGCAACACCAUCUGGAUCAAGCGCGGCGGUUACGUCUUGGUUGACUUGGGUUCCAUGGAGGAGCGCAGCAAGACUGGUAGCAAGGUUGUAGGAGAGAUCAUCAAUAUCGUAAGGGACGAGAAGGCUUGGAGGAAGGAGGCUUAUUGGCCCAAGCAGUUCGUCAGACAAACUUACGACGAGUCCGAAGACGAGGAAUCGACUGUUGGAAAACUGCCGCCUAGCGACUCGGAAGACGAAAAGUAUGGACCUUGAGGAGACAUUCGAAGAACAGAGAUACCCAAAAAUUCAUAUUUUAUUGCCAGUCAGAAAUAUUACAGACAGCAAAGCAACCACAUCACCGCAUCGCCGCCUCCUCCUUCUUCGAUGACGACUUCAUCCCGGGCUCCCACUCCUCCCGUGCGCCAAACCACACUCCUGCGACCGUAACGCCUAAUACGCCCACCACCACCGCCGAGCUCGCCGGCGUGCUGGGGAACACGUUCCACGCCCACUCAUGCACCGCCCAUAGCAGGUACACCAAGACAGGGUGCAACCCCGCGCGCCAGAGGAGGAAUGGAGUCGACCAUGCGACAUAGGCAUAGAACUGGUAGUGGAGGGACCUAGCAAAGAGGAGGCCCACAGCAUUGGCAGACAGGAUCGUGGUCAUGAUGUACCUCGGCGUCACAUCCCGCGCCGCAGCGCGGUGCUCGGGGACAGUCAGAGGCGGUUUGCCCGCCAAGAGGACAGGAGAGAUUAGCUGAACAAGAGACUUGCGCGCAGGUUUGAUCCAACGGGUGGUGAUGAAGAUUCCCAAAACGAGAACGUGCAAAGCGAGCAGUGUGAGC